AUGAAAAAUCUAAUUUUAUUGAUAUUUUUGGUGGGAGUUUGGUGUGAUUUUGGGUGAGUAAAAAUCACAGUUAGUGAAUUCCAGCUAAACAGUAAUUUCCCAAUUUCAGAGAUCUCACCGAAAGUUCUCAAAUCUCAUCACCGCUCACAAGAAUUCCCUCAGAAGCGUUGAAAAUCCGGAUAAAACGUUCCUCAUCCUCAUCUUCUUCUUCAUCUUCCUCCUCAUCUGAAUCUUCUGCAUCUUCUGAUUCUUCAGAUCAUGAAGAGGCGAGAAGAGGAUCUUCCGGAGAUUCUGCAAACCAGGGUGGAUCUGGAACUACUGUGGGAGGCAAUGGAGGCCAGGAGAGUUCAAUUGGGACUUCAGGAUCAGGGGAUCCACAGGAAGAUACAACAUCUCCAGAACAAAAAGAAAACGAACAAACAACUUCAUUACCUCUGGAGUGA